UAGAACGCACUUGCCUCGCAAUUCUUUGGAGGUAAAGACGUUGUAAACAAAAAGAUUUAUUUUAAAAAGCACAACUUCAGUCGUGAGCAAUGGCUAUCUAGGAACUGAACUUUUCCCCCUCGUUCGCUGUGUUCUUGUGGAUACAAGUCAAGACGACUUUUCUGCACGUAAGGCUACAGUUCUUACAGGGGCUCGACUGUGAAAACCGUAAGAGGGAUACCAUGCCUUCAUUUACCCUUUUUAUCCAUCUCCCCUUUCUCCUGUUCUUAUUGAAUUUCUUCACGCUCACCGAUGGAUGUCCGGCUGACUGCUCUUGCCAACCAUCUGGCUCCAUAUUCUGCUUCUCUCGACGUUCCUCCUCCAUGCCCAGAGGCCUCCCUGCCUCCACCAAGAACCUCUACGUCUUCCAGAACGGCAUUGAUACCCUGGUCCAGGAGGACUUUGGGGGCCUUGGAGACUUAGAGAUGUUGGAUAUCAGUCAGAAUGAACUUACCGAGGUCCCUGAUGGCGUCUUCAGUGUCCUGUCUUCCCUUCACAACUUGGAUCUCUCUUCCAAUCACAUCACUCACAUCUCCAAGGACAGCUUUGCUGGGCUAGUGAUGUUGGAGAGGCUCUAUCUCCACAGCAACAAGAUCCAGAGCAUCCAUCCAGCUGCAUUUGAGGGACUAGAUCACCUACUGGAGCUUAAACUACAGGGGAACCAGCUCACUGUCCUGCCCACUCUUCAUCUUCCAAGGCUGCUUCUUCUGGAUCUCAGUCAAAACAGAAUCUCACUGCCUGCUCCUGGGGAUCUCCAGACACCCCACCUAGAAUCACUCAAGAUUGCUGGACUGGCCCUCACUAGUCUGGAUGAGGAACUCAUGGCAAGCUUAGGGAACCUCCAUGAUCUGGAUGUAUCUCAGAACCAGCUGGUGGGCAUGCCCCCAGCACUGAAGGCGGCAAAAGGACUGAUACGUCUUAAUCUGUCUGCAAACCCACUGGGUCCACUGAAAUUAGAGGACUUCCAGAAUUUAGUAAACCUACAGGAACUUGACCUCAGCAGUCUUAACCUUCAGGGUUUUCCUGAGGGUUUCUUCCAGCUCUUCCCUAAGCUGAGCCACCUAACUGCUGCAGAAAACCCCUACAACUGUCUCUGUCCACUGGCCUGGUUUCCCACGUGGUUGAGGGACAAGGGGGUUGAUCUGGCCAGGACAGAGGAGACACGGUGCCAUUUUCCCCCAAUAAAUGCGGGAAGGAUGUUGGCAGAACUUGAGCGCCAAGAUUUUGGAUGUCCUACCACCACCACUGUGCUCACCAGUGCAGGUAGUGGCAGUAGCACCCCAGAACCUCCGGUUCCAACCACUGUGCCUGGGAUGACCCAUGCCAUACCUCCUCCUCCUCCUCCUCCAAGUGAGGAACCUUCUUCCAAAACCGACAGUUAUCCCCCCCCUCAGGCACCUGCCUCCCCCAGCAGUACCAGUGGGGACUAUGGGAUGUGCCCUCCCAAUAUCUGCCUAAAUGGUGGUACUUGCCGCUUUGACCAGCAUGGACAUGUUCGAUGCCUGUGUCCGCCAAGUACUUCAGGACUCUACUGUGAGAUUCAGGAGGAGACCGAACCUCCUCCAUCAUCUCCACACUCUCCAGUCGAGACUGUUGCUACAGCAGAGCCAGACAGCAUCAGCUCUCGCCAAGUGACAAGCACUUCCAUUUUGCUUGACUUGCAUCGCUAUUUUGAGUCAAGGCCACAUAUUCGAGCAAUCCGUCUGACAUAUCGCAACCUGUCUGGACCAGAUCGCAGGCCCUUGCAGUUAAACGUGCCUGCCUCAUAUCCAGAGUACACGCUACGUGGUCUUCAACCCAAUUGUACCUACUCGGUCUGUGCCAGUCCACUGGGAGAGCCUGUUGGAGAUGACGGAGGGUCCUGCAUGGAAGCUCGGACUGCUGGGAUUUCUCCCCCCUCCUCUGAACCACAGAUCGAAGAGGGUCAGCUUUCUUCCACACUCAUACCAGUUCUAGUUGCAGUUGCUCUGGUAAUGGUAAUUGCUGUGGUGACUGCAAUAGUGAUCCUCCUACGUAAGAAGAGGACAAAGACCGAUGUUGACUUGGAUGUGGCUGAGGCUCCUCCCAUGGAAAUGGAAGGGGUUAAGACUUGCCUAGAGAAUACUUCAAUGCUGCAAAAGCAACCAGAAAUCACCCCUUGCCCUCCUCCCACACAGAAUGGAACUGACUACCAGGUUCCACUGAUGCAUGGACAGUGCUCAGCAAACAAUAAUGUGGCCAGCUUGAAACCCUCUUAUUUUUGAGGUCAAAUUCUCAGACCUCCUAGCCCAAGGAGGAGCUGUCAUUUUAUCCCUGCUGGCGGGUGCAGUGCUGAUACUGUCUUGACUGUUGCUGAUAGAUGAAAUGUUUGGAUAACUAGCCAGUUGAGUUUUACUUGUUGAAACUCAUUAAGUAUUUAAAUCAAGUGCAAUUGAUGAGAGAGGUGUUUUAUUGACAAAACAGUGCCUUUUUUGUAUUAUGGUCAGAACUUAUUGUAAUGUUUUCCCCCCUCUUGUAUGUAAAGAAAUCACAUGUUGCUGGAAAGGAGGAGAGACUGUGUUUGAGAUGUGAACUCUAAGCGAGGAGUUGGCGCUAACUCAGAGAAAUGGAGAGAAGCUAAUGGGGCAGAAGAUUACCAGUUCAGUUGACUCAACCUUUAUAAACUCUGACAUAGAAUGAGUCUCAUCUCUUCUCCUCUUUAAGAAGCUUGCACUGAUGAGAAACUUUUUAAGAUUAAGACUGUUCUGUCAAAGUGCCUGAAAAGUAAAAAGAAUUGCUAGGUUGAAGAAGUCUAUGACUGAGUUUACGACCCCAGUAAGCCUCCAACUGUCCCCAGUUGCCAGAUGGGAUCAUUUGCUGUGAAAAGAACUGAACAACAUGAUGAAGAGACAAAGGAGGAGAACUCUUUUCAUUGUAUUUUUAUGUGCUGUGAUGUUAUGUGAAGGCCAUCUUUUUUGAUGUGAUGUUUUAUUUUUCUAUGUUUUUGUAUUUUUAUCCAUUUGAUAUUAUUAGUGCCAACUUUUGUUUCUGUUGCUGUUGUAUUGAGUUGUAAAUGCGAAUCUGUAGCAGACUUUGUCCAUCCCUUGACAUACGCGAAAUAACCCAGUGUUCUUAUUUUCCUCUGUACGGCUGAAUUCGCUAUUCACAAGGUGCUUGAGUGCCUCUCUUUUGGAAAAGUCUCGGUCGUGAAAACAAAUGACCAGACUCUAAACACCCACAUCUCAGCUCUCCAAAACCCCAAACACGAAAAUUCCCCAGUGAAACAAAUAUACCAUUUCUAUAUAUGCUGAUGGUUUAAACAAACAGCAGUUUCUCUUUGUACUAGUAGUACUCUAGAAAUGUUGAGCCACACACACACACACAAACACCCCUCCCAUACAUAAAUACACUUAUACACACACAAAAAAAGAAUGCGUUGCCAAGUGGAAGCCAAUCAUUUCCUUCCCUGCAACUGACCGUGGCCUUUGAAAGUUGAAGUAGAUUAGCUGAUUCUGUCUUCCACUGCACUCCAUUUAUUUCCAGUGUUGUGAGGUCAGCGUGUGGAUUUGGCCAAGCUUUGUGCAGUCGUUUUGCUUGCUUGGCACUAACCAGACUAUGAAAAGCUCAGACCAAAUGUACACUUAUUAUUUAUGCUUACACUGUCUGCACCCAGGAACUCAAGUCUUACUAAUGCUAAGCACCUUUAAAGUAUUUAUUAUCCCCAGAUAUGAGGGCCUGACAUAAGAUGUCUGUGAAAGAAGCAAUAAAGAGGAUGAGCAUAUAUAAGAUAAGAUUAUCUUGAAAUAAUUUGAUGAAUGGUGAAAUUCUGUGCUGACAUUUUUCACUUGAUACAAUACAUCAUUUUGUCAUUACAAUGAGAGCCACCAGUAUUUUUGUCUUAUCUAACAUGCAUAAACAGUCUAUUUAAACACACACACGCGCACAUGCAUGCACACACACACACACGCACGCACACACACACUGUUCAGGUGAAUUGAACAGGAAAGUGUGCCUAAGUGCUGCCUGUUAAUACAUUUGCAUAUCUAAUAUCUGACCAUCCGAAGCAGUGUUGUUAUGCUAGGGUAACUGUCAGUAUGCUAAGUUUCAUUUACAUAUGACUAUGUUAGUGGGCAUAAGUUUUGUAUCAUGUGUCAAAAGUCAGUACAUUAUGACAAUGUGAAAAUUUGCCCCAAUGAAGAAGUGUGUUUAUGCCCCUUUACAGUCAACCAUCCAUUGGAAGCAAAAUCUUUUAUUUGUUUAACUUGAACAAGUACUGAAAAGGUAUGCGUAUACAUGUUAGCACAGCCAAGUGCCUAUACCAAACUGGAAAAAUGUACAACUACAGCUUUACACAGCAUGAGGGACUGAAAAUAUUUGAAACAUUUUCAAAACUGCUUUCAAGUUCCCUGUUUAUUUUGGGAGGCUUAUUGUUAUUCUCUGUCUCUUUGUAGUGCCUAAAGUCAGUGCCUUUUUUUUGAUGUAAAAUAUGUAUUUGUAAAGAAAUUGUGAUGGCUUUUUAUGAAAAUACA